AUGUUAGACAGCUAUCUCCCGCGUCAUUUCUACUAUAGAUGCCCACCAAAAAGGAACAGCCCGAGUAAAAAGCCGGAGAGCAGAUUGUCGUGUCUGACCUUAAUUGUUCUGACCUAUGAUACGAUAGUAGAAGAGAUAGUAGAAGAUAGUAGAAGAGUUUAGUGAAGGAAGGCACUGAAUCGCUAAAUUUAUGUUUUUUCAAUAGCUUGACGGUCGAAAAGUCAAAGCAGAGCCUUUUUACAGGCUGCUUCCUUCCAUUGAAUGUGAAACACCAUUACGAACGUUGAGUCAGUUGAGGACUCAGAAAAUGGGUAAGAAAUUCUAGUUUGUAAUUACAUAUUCCUUUCUGUUUGAGCUGCCAUUGGUUUGAUUGAACAAGAUGUCCGUCGUGCUUCAUUUUAAUUUUAUUGUAAUUGGCACUACAUUUGUAUAAACACAAAGAAAGUUUGUGUGACUGAAAGAUCCGAGUCCCGCACGGGAAAAGAUACGCGACCUGGUUCUUUUACUAGGUUCGUCUUCACAUGCCUGCUACAAUUGCAGAAUCAGCAGUAUCGAUGGGGCUCCUUCGACUAUACCUUGUACAUUACACUAAAAACUCCUUAAUGCCCAAUAUUCACAUGCAAAUUCUCUACACUGAUCAGCGUACAUCUACUCAUGAAAUUAGCUGAAUUUGUUCAAACGUAUUCGAGGGGUUUGGUGUCUUAAAAAUGACGGCAGUAUUUACUCAUACCAUAACUUUUUUCGCUUUCCUUUUCCGUAGGUGGUAUUAGUCUCAACCCUCUGUUUGACAAUAGUGAAUUUCAAAACUCACAUGUUCAACGGGCGUUUCAGUAUCUGAGGUUUUGGGAGUCAGCAAGAGAGAACCUAAACCACUUCUCGUUUAUACCAACCAAGGUGAUGGGUGACCAUGCAGAGUGUAUUGACACACUUGUAAGGUACACUCUAUAUACAAAUCUUUUUUCACCAUUUCUUCAAGAAUGGUCGAAUUUGGCUAUUAUGUCUUCGUGCGUCCACGAAUAGAGGGAGAUUUCAAAAUAGCUUUUGUAAGGUCAUAGUAUAAGUUCAUUUGUAGCUUGGUUUUGUAGCUUGAGUUUAGAUUUGACAUACGUCGGUGAUGUCAAAAGUGACACAGUGUAAAAGGAAACUGUUCCUUUUAGAUAAACACAAGUUCUCAGUUUACAAGGCUUUCAAGUUUACAAGUUUACAAGUGCUCGCGCUAUAAAACUACAAGAACAACAAAACAAUCAUUUCGAAAAAUAAUCUUACUUGCCUCUUCAAUUGUAGUGAUACCUAUGAGAGAUAUGGAAUGAACAGCUAUAUUACCAAUGAAAUGAGAAGGAUUUAGUGAUAGUUAUGCACUUUUUUCAGGAAUUGUGGCGUUGUGGACCCGUCAUGGGCUGAACUCCGUCAUUUUGUUAACUUCCUCAACUCUCAGCUCCAAGCCUGUGAGAACAGUACGUUUUGUAACAUGGAACUUGUUGGAGACACUCUCGAGGGCUUUAGAAGCUUUGUGGUCCAAUUUAUGAUCCUUAUGUCACGGGUAAGAGAAAUGGAAAGGUGCGAUCGCGAAGAAUGUGAGGCCCAGUUCCCAGGAGCUAAAUGCUACCCACCCAAACCCUUGGAGAAAGUGCCUGAAAUCGGAAGGCGGUGGGCGUCAUCUAUGUUAUAUACAGUGAAUUAUUAUUUGACAUGGAUAUUAACUAGAUUGCCGAUCUUUUCCAUGUCUUAAAGAUUUUCGGUGCACAUAUGGCAUUCUUUUUCACCCCUGUUUUUAUUUGGGUUUAUUUUGAACCAAACUUUUUUUGUAUGUUCCUAAACGAAGCAUUGAGAGAGUGGUAAAAUUAGGGUACCGUAAAUCCUAUAUUAAGUCCCCCAGGGGGAUCCUUUAUUUCAAACGCAUUUGAGAGGGGGGGCUUAUUUGGGACGUGGGGGCUACAUAUUUAGUUUAAGCAAAGAAGAUGGUAUCAAAUCUCCAAAAAGAACUACCAUGUAAAGUGGAAAAGCCCAAGUACAAGAAGUUGAAGGUCAUGCAGCCGAGGAUCGAAAACAAAUCCGAACGUCCAGUCUGGAUAAGUCCACACGGAGUUUUACUGUCGCUUCAUUAAUACAGUCUAUUAUUUAUUAGUGACUGAUAACGAGGGGGAGGGAUGGGGGCUUAAAAAAAGGGGGGCUCUUACUAACUAUCUUCUCCUAAAAAGGGAGGACGUAUCAGCGAGGGGGUGGUUCAUUGAGAAGAGAGGAGAGGGCAUAGAGGUUUUACGGUGGCUAACAUUUCUGCUUUUUGUCCCCAUUUCCAAACCCUUAAGGUGGUUAGUAUGCAUAAUUUAUGAACCAAAAAGCUCACAAUUUAGUGUUGUCCCUAUUGUACUGACAUCUUCAAGUUCGUGGCAAUUCGUUGUCCCUGUAAUGAACUUCUUUUUUUAAGGAUUUUGCUACACCAUCUCUAAACGAUGUUGCCGAUGAUGACGCAGAAGAAACAGCUGUUGUUCAGUUGUCUUUAAGAAGACACUGGGAAACCAGGUAUGAUUUUAAAACAUUAUAAUUUGUAAAGUUAAGAUUCAUUUAAAGGGGGAGUCGCUUAAAUCAAAGUAUUCGAUUUCUUGAAGCAAUUUUCCCAGUUAUUUUAUCUCUUUGGUACUAUUCGUGUUUUGUAGUUUUAAAGUCUUAUCAAGUUAUGAUGUUUCUGUUAAGACGAAAAAGUAAAAUUUGUGGUAUUUCCUAUGCCACUUUUACAAAGGUUGUCUAAGAUUUGUAAGAUUUUAUCCUUCCUUUCGCAUUUUUUCUUUAUUUUUGUUGAUGUAUUUUAAUUCUUUUCAACAGCUUACAUCCCUACAUUUUCUUCAAUCAAGAUGGCGUUACCAUGACGUUUGUUGGCUUCCAUAUUGACCAAAAUGGCAAUUUAAUUGAUCCAGACCGCCGUGUUAUCAUCCAGCCUAAUUUGAUGUCAGGGCAUUUACGUACUGGUCUUUUCAUCCAAAAGGUUGACAUGGAAACUAACUACGAAUCUUGGAGCAAGUAUGAAAUAUAUAUAUAUAUAUAUUUAUUUAUUUGACAUGAUAUUUGUAGACUUUCAUUCUUCUGCACCAAGUUUCUUUCAACGUGUUUUCUUGUACCAUGAUGGGCUAAGGUUAAUGCGUUGUUUUUGUUUAUUUUAGGGCACAGAAAAUCGAGAAGCUUUGUGGAGUGAUGGGUGUUGAAUGGCCCAAUGAUCCAGAUGAUUCAUACGAACUAACCACGGACAAUUUAAAGAAAAUUUUAGCCAUCCACAUGCGCUUCAGGUAAGUGAAAUCCUUUAAAAUGAGACAUGAGAAAUGUGUGAUUAACUUCACACUCAAAUAGCCCUAUUUAAAAUUACGAGCACUAAAGCCUCAACUGCAUGACAAGUUUAUUGUUAAUUAUUGGACAGUUAAUCAUGUGAGAAAAAAAAAUCAAGUAACACUGGAUAGCCCGUACUUACGGAUUCCAGCAAAAAUGUGCACACCGCCACCACACUUUUGUUCUUUUCCUCCAUCUCCACGACACAAUUCUAUUGUCUUUUCUCCCCCACUACCACUGCUGUAAUUCCAUUGUCUUACCUCUUUCUCUACCACACUGCCACCGUUGCGUUGGUUUCCCUACUCCUCCUCCUCCACCACCUUUACGAUUUCGUUGUCGUCCUCUUUUCUCCACCAAUCCGAAACGGUUAUGUUGUUUUACCUUCUUUAAAAGCAACAGGACGGCUUUAUUGUCGUGUAAUUCUUCUUUACCACACAGCUGCGGCUGCGUUCUCUUCACUUAUAUACUACCACCACAAUUUUAUCUUUAUCCUUUCUCCUCGACCACACUUUCACGGUUACGUUGUCUUCUACUCUCCAUCAUUACCAGCACCAUUCCUGUCGUCGCCCUUCCUUUCCCACCGGACAGCCCCGAUUAUGUUGUCUACACUUCUUCAUAACCACCACCAGCGCCACCUUCGUGGUUAUGUUGUCUUCCCUCGUCCACCAUCGCCAUCACCCCCACAAUUUUUUGGUCGUCCUUACUCCACACCAGUAGGCUAAUGUUAUUUUUCACCGCUGCCACCACAAUUUUAUCGUCGUUCUUUCUUGUUCACCAACCUACCACAGUUACUGGUAUGUUAUCUUCCCUCUUCCACCACCUCCACCACAACUUUAUUGUCGCCUUUCCCUCUUUACCACACUUCCACGGUUAUCUUGUCUAUCCUCCUUCACCGCACCGUCACGGUUCUGUUGUCUUCUCUUCUCCACAACCAUCACGACCAAAAAACUCCAGAAAUCCUGCUUGCGCUCCGUUAACCCGCGCACAGUUUUGGCCAAAGUCUUAGUAUACUUUGUUUUUUCUUUUACACUGAUACAUUUGAAGAUGUGGUAUUCCUGUGGUCAUAAUGGGAGAGACAGGUUGUGGAAAAACCAGCCUUAUUCGGUUCAUGUGUGGCUUACAAUCAGGACCCGGAGGACCCAAGAACAUGUUGCUCAUGAAGGUAAGAAACCACUAACUAUCGUUAAUCUCAUUUAUUCAUUUUUAUAAUUGAAUUUUUAGUGGGGGAGAUUUAUGUUUUCCUUUUUAUCUUACAAACAUGUCCUUACUGAAAAAUAGUCACCGAGCCUAUUACCUUUAAUUCCACAUUUAGUGUUCAUUAUCUGGCUCUUGGCGCUUUGGGAAGUAAAACGUUCGAUAGAGUCAGUAAUUCGUUCCUCAUUGUGCCUUAACAGGUUCACGGAGGAACAUCCCACAAAGACAUUGAGAAGAAAGUGGAGGAGGCUGAGAAGAUGGCCAGAAAGAACGAAAGCCAUGGCAUUGAUACGGUGUUAUUCUUUGAUGAGGCCAACACAACAGAUGCUCUAGGGAUGAUCAAAGAGGUUAUGGUGGAUCGCAGAGUCAACGGUAGAAAAAUCGGAGUUGGGCUCAAAAGAUUGCAAUUCAUUGCAGCAUGUAAUCCUUACAGAAAGUAAGCACUUAUCUGCCUGGCCUGUCGUUGCUCUAUCUUUAAGCAAAUAUACAUGCUAUUGACACAUUUGUUUUUCUUGUAGACACACGGAAGAAAUGAUCCAGAAACUGGAAUCAGCUGGCCUGGGUUACCAUGUUGCAACUCAAGAAACACAUGAUCGGCUUGGUAAGACGUAGGCUUCUACGGCAGUAGUGAGCAUUCCCUUUGCAACAUACUUUAAAAUGUGAAGCAAAUGCUCCUUUGGCUUCAUUUGAACUUACCAUAAUGUGUCAUGUUUCGAAAGUCUGAAGGAAAAUAGCUCUAAAAAGUUUCUUUUGCUAGUAGAAGAAACCUGCGACAUCAAACUGACGUUAGAGUCAAUGUGUUACAAAGUGGGAUAAAGCAGAGGGUUUUGUGUUCAAGUGGAACCAAUUUAGAUUUCAUGAACAGAUUGAAAUACUUUGGGCAUCUUUAGUUAUCUUUACUUUGUACUCCCUUAUUUAGUUUUCAGAAAAAAAAGUUCAUUUGCUUUGUUUUAUGCCAGGGCGCAUUCCUCUCCGUCACCUGGUCUACAGAGUACAUUGUCUGCCAGAGAGCAUGCGUCCUUUGGUCUGGGAUUUUGGCCAACUGAAACCUGAGAUCGAGGAGCUCUAUACGUGUCAAAUUGUCAGCAGAUUUGUAAGUGCACAUAAUAUAUGGAUUUAGACAGGGCUAAAAACAAAGCUCAAAUUACUAAAUUUAUAAUUUUAAUCAUACAAUAAACUUGUAAUCCACAAAUCAGUUAACUUAAGGGCACAUUUAUGUGACUUUUGAGGGAAAGGCUUAGUUAUUUUAGAGUGAAACAUCUUGCAUUAAAUUGAUAGCCUUGUAUGUACACCCAAAAAUAGCAAACACCUUCCACCACAUUCAAGAUCACAGUAGAUUAGGCCUCGAAAACAAAUUCUUGGAAAACAAAUCAGGCCGAAUUUUUUUGGGUUCGACAGGUUUAUUUACAAAUUCUUGCCAACAUAUCUGGGGGUGUGUAAACCAACCUUUUAUAAUUUUUAUACAUCACAUCUGAGGUGAAACAGCACUAUUUAUCAUACAGACCUCGGACAGAAUGCGGUAUUUCACAAAUUUUCAAGACAAAUUGCAGUCACUCAAUAUUCAGGACGAUCAAUCGUGGGCUUUAAGCGAAACCGUUCAAAACAUUUCCAAAAUCACCCAUACGGCCAGCCGGUUCUCAUUUGUAUAGUGCGAGCUGUCAGUGUAGUCGAGUGUUUGAAUGAACCUUAAUAGAGUUACGCUUCAACAUAAUAACGAACUUAUUAUUAUUAUUUUUUGUUUUUUAAUGGUUUCAGUUAUAACGAUGUGUAAUCUUAUAAAGCGUUUGAUACGCGCGACAUUUUUGAGUACCCCUGCAAGCGAUGUUCAUGAACGAUGAAAACAAAAGGCACGGACAAGCGAUUAAAAUUGCGAGAGAGACUACUAACAAUCAAUGAAAUAAAUAUAAUUCGAUGAAACAUUUACAGAGACAACAAUUUUCAUUCACGAAGACAAGUAUUAAAGUGUCUCUAAAAAUCCUGAGUCUUUAAGCGUAAAGCUUAAGUUUAUGUUUUAAGCCGGCUUCCCGGCGCGGUGUUUACUGUUUUCAAAGAUGAACUCCUCGAAGCAAGAAGAUCGCUCAAAGUUUUCUUUCUACAGCCAAAUUUAUAACUAAAUAUUCUUCGUAACGUUUUCUUUCUAUUUGCGGGGAGCAAAUAUAUCUGAAGGCUUUUUUAAGUUCUGUAAGCUUACAUCAAACCUGAUACUAGGUCAGAUAAUUGAUUCAAAUCCUACAAACGUGCAUAACCUUGCCGCAUAAACUGUGCUCGACUUCUUGAAAUUAGAUAUAGCAAAAACAAACAUCAAAUACAAUAAUUACUCAGGCUUACCAUUCGAGAUUCAGUUCCUGAAAGCUGUCAAGGAAGGCCGCAGUUGCUUGAGACUUUUAAACCCUCUUACGCAUUAAGCAAGGUGAAAAACGAAAACGAUGCCAUCGGCAAUCGAAUUACCGAAUUUGACAAGCGAGGCAUUUCUCAACCAAAAAACGAGUAAGCAAACCAGCCAUGAAUAAACAGGAGACUCUUGAUAGCAGCUGUAUUUCAAUUUGUACAUCCAGAGGGAAAAGACAGUUAAAAACAUCACAAGUUGAAACAAAACUCUGUCAGCUUCAGCUGCCAAAGUAAACAAUUUUCAAGAUGCUGCAUGAAUUUUCCGCAAAAACUCACCUGUCAAAUUUUGACCAAUCAGAGCAUACAAAUUGGACCUAGAGAGUGACCAGCGCGUGACCACGGAAGGAAAAGGUCUUCCCCGCCUGUAUUUUUAAAAAACUGGUUGAAUUUUCGCGUCCGAGGUCAGUUAGACAUCACAGUCCUAAUAGUGCGGGGCCAUAGUGACAUAAACACAACAUAUUUGAUAUGAAUCAUUGAAAAAAUAAACUUGAGCCUGCGAUCAUUUGAAACUAGUAACUUGUCAGCAGAUAACUUCAAAAAUACUCGACCUUGAUGGGUCGACACUUAAGCCCGCGGUACAGUCAGGUGAUAGUGGUCAGCGGAAACCCUGUUUGGACAGCUGUCAAUUGAUCACAAUAUUGAUGUGCAAUUAGUUUUCUCUUGGGCUCCCAAACUAGCUAGAAAGUGUGAGAGUAAACACUGGUUAUCCUGUGAUGCGGACGGACGGCGGGCGGGAGGGGGAUCGGUGGGUCGGUGUACGGUCAUGUGAUUACCACAUUUUCUCGGAUGGGUAGAUUACCACAUUUCCUUAGCUAUGGGGCUCCGCUCACGCGCGGCGCUUCGCGCCGCGCGUGUAGCUCCGCUAUAAUGGUGUGAGACAUAGCGUCUUACAGUGUGUUGGCAAGUAACUAAAAUGUGUACCUUUGUGUCCCAUGACGUUUUUCCUGCCGAUUUUUUGACACAACAAUUUUUGCUUGAGAAUACAGCCGACAUUUUCGAGAGGCCAUCACUGGUUUCGCCGCGAACUGACGUCUAAGGAACAAGUGCAGAAAUUCCAUACUGAUGACGGUGUCAGUACUCACGUCUAGGUAGUGCUCCUGAUUGGUUAAAGUAAAUUUCCCUCGCGCCACGACCAACCAGAAGCACACCCCAGAUAUGGGUAACGACCAGGUUAUCAGUGUGGAAUUUCUGCGCUCGUUCCCAGACGUCAUUUCGCGAGGAAACUAGCGGUGGCGUCGAGAAAUGUCGGCUGAUUUCUCAUACUAUAACACUUAAUACAUUCUAUGGAAGAAUCGAUUUUUAAGCAACGAUUCUUGAAAACGUCUUAGUCAGUGUCAGUUGUCGCUGUCUACAUGAACAUGGCAUAGCUAUUUUACAGUGCAACUUAUUUCAUAUUUGUGCCAUUGAAUAAUUCUCUUGAUGUGGUGUUCUAUUUUCGUGUAAGAUCCUUCAAGAAAAACAGAUUCCAGGCGAUAAGCCUUUGGUCAGGGCUCUGACGAGAGUACUAACUGCUUCUCAGCGUUACAUGAGAGAUCAGACGGUAAAAAAUAGUGUUUUUGUUGUGUUUUGUGUGCAUCUCCUUUUCCAUUUUGUAUGAACUUAACGAAAAAUCUAGACCUUUUUCAACAGUACAGCCAGUCUGAGAAUUCUUGUUUGACUGUAUUUUUUUCUUUACUGUUAAUAGUCCAUUUUACAGUUACAGGUGGAAACGAGGCUGGAGUUGACCUUGAUUUUAUACGACCCUUCUUGCUUUAUUACGUAAAUGCGUUCUUAUGCAACAAGUAUUUUUAAGCAAACUUUCCAUGAGAAAAGGAGGGAGGUUUGUAUCAAAGCAAGGUCAGUCUCAGACUCCCUUUCACUUAAAGGCAAGGAUACUAAGCUUACAACCGUAAAAUGGUAUUCUGACUUACAUGCCACUUCUCCGACGACACCUAAUUUUAUUUCUCACAUUACAGCUGAUCUCAAUGUAUUUAUGUAUUUAUAUAUGCCCUUUCCAUCCACGCCAGUAAGAACUCUGGAUGAAAUUCUUGUCUUGCAAAACUCACUUUUGUAGGAUGAGUGUAGCUUUGUGAGCCUUCGAGAUGUAGAACGUGCAAUGAGAGUGAUGGUCUGGUUCUACAACCAUCGCGAUGCUCUUAAUCCUCUGAUGGAUGAAAAAAUUGACGUGGAAGAUGAAGAGAAUGGUUUGGAUAAGGUAAAGAAGAUUUGUCCUUUGAAGAGAAAUAGACAGAAUUGCAUACUAAAUAAGUAUGUUCUUGAGUGACGUAAUGGAAUAAAAAAACAUUUUGCUCAUUUAAGAAUAUCUUUUUCAUUACGUAAAGCAUAGUGCGGUGUAGAAAAAAGUUGUUUUUACCAAUGGCAUGACUCUGCACCUGUCACAAAUACCCGCCUUAACUUUGUUUUAGCCCAUUAAUGCCGUGUCACGUGCCCUGGUGCUUUCAAUUGGAGUGUGUUACCAUGCAAGACUUCAAGAGAGAGAACCUUAUCGGCGUGCAGUGGCUCCUAGCUUUUCCCGUCCAUGCCAACUACCAGGUGGACAUAAGCGAAUUUUAAAGGAAAUUACAAGGUGGGCCACACUAGCAAUUCAUUAUUUUAGAAGCAAUGACUUCUUAUUUGCCACAUCAGAUGAUACAAAUACCUUUAACCGAGUUGUCAUUAAGGUCGUUACACCCAAAGGCGAUAUGUUCACGAUAGGCUGUGGUGUCUCCAGCAAUUUGCAGUAGCUUAAGUGUAUACGUUUUUCAGUGGUAUCUUGAGGGAUUCUUAGACAUGAACGCGUGGAGAAAUCGUGUAAGAAAAGCUAUAAAUAAAUAUAGAACCUUUGCUACCAAGCUGGGUUACAAAGUAAAUCAGGUUGGUGUUGAUUUUAUGAAUGCAUGUUUACUUUGUUUACGGACCUUCCUUUUUCGUCACCAGAUGCCAAAAAGCAGUGCUGAAAGAGCUAGAACUGGGUCAUAAUAUCGCACGUAACGCAGCACUUAGUGAGAAUGUGUUUAUGAUGGUGGUGUGCAUUGAACUCAGGAUUCCUUUGUUUGUGGUUGGUAAACCAGGCAGCUCUAAAUCUUUAGCCAAGACCGUUGUUGCUGAUAACAUGGAAGGAGGUGCUUCAAGAUCUGACCUUUUCAAGACCUUUAAGCAGGUGAAGGCAAUGUACUGAAAAGACUAUUACGAAUUUUUAUUACUGUAUUGCAAUUGUUAGAAUCUAUCAAACAAAUGUGAUAGAGUGGUAAGUAUCCUUCAUGAGAACGACAAAGAUGAGGAGAGGAAGGAUCACCGCAGGACUAUUUUGCUUAAUGUCUUCUUCGUUUGAUUUAAUCACAGUAUUGUGUUGUAUUGGAUUGUAAUGAACUGUAUUGUAUUCAGGUUGUUCGUCGUGUUCUUAGGUUUGUUAUUAAUGUAUGCCAAUUUCGUGUUCUACAAGGUUCAUAUGGUGUCUUAUCAGUGCAGCCCUCUCUCAACUGCUGACGGGAUCGUUGCGACUUUCCGUCAAUGCGGCAAGCUCCAAAAAGGCAAGAACCCAGACAAGUUCGUGUCAGUUGUGGUCUUAGAUGAAGUUGGCCUGGCUGAAGACUCGCCUCUAAUGCCUCUUAAAACGCUCCAUCCACUGCUGGAGGAUGGCUUAAGUUCCACUGAUGGCAUCAUAGAAGUGGAAGAAGAGUUUCCUGAAAGAGUAGCCUUUGUUGGAAUAUCCAACUGGGCCCUCGAUCCUGCAAAAAUGAAUCGCGGUAUCAUGCUUUGUCGUGGGCGUCCAGACACAGAGGAGCUAGUGGAAAGUGCAAUGUAAGUUCUCCUCUGUUUUGGGACUAAGAAUGGUAUUCACUAGUAAAGGAAGGCCCACUAAGUGUUCGCUUUAGUUUCACGAAACAAUUAAUAAACGUCCCUGACAACGGCACUAACUCGUCUAACAAUAGGAGCUGCAGGUUAUAGGGACCAAUACAGAUAGAGACCUACGGUAGAUGCAGACCAGAGUGAACACUUUUUAUCAGAUGCACAAAACAGGACCAUUUCUUUGUUACUGAUAUUUUCACACUAGAUGUCCCACUUAAUAAAAAUUGACCAUCAGCUAAAUGUUGACUUUAAUGAAGGUAGACCGGUUUGGUUCAACCUUAAAUGAGAAAGACACUUUUUGAGGAUGAAAUAUGUUUGCGGGCGACAAAAGGAGCCCGCCACCUAUUCUUGAUCAGCGGCACUCUUUUAACUGUAUAGCCGGAUUUUUUCGGUCGAUUUGCAUUCCUGUGUUGUACCAACUAAUAUGCAUGGUAUGAAUGGUAUGUAGCCUCGAAGGUCCUGGUGUUGAGUUCAAGGUCCGUCUGAUGUCACCGUAAUCACGUGAAUGCACAUGCAAGUGAUGCAACAAUCAUUAUCACACAUUCAAUUCGCAAGCACAGGUAAUUCAGGUACACAAGUACUGCACUAAAUGGGAGACUUUUCGAUUCGCCUUGCCGGCCUGGAAUCUAUUUACCCAGGAAAAUAGAAGUAGAGCCUGAUCUCAGCUUAGUGCGGGACAAGUUUUCGGUGAGAUACGAGUGCUAGCGAAGUCUAGAAAUCGAUGUCUAUUAUACAGUUUAUUCAGGUUUCACUACAGUGUAUGGUUUUUAUAUUUUUAUACGUCUUCAAGCAUUGUACGACGCCUGUCAUCCGAAAGCUUUAAUAAGCUUUAAACUCCAGUGGUAGAUUAAGCUGUUCCAUUAUUUUGUAUCGCAUCUCAAUGGCCUUUUGUCAUUGAACACGGAAUGAAUAUUCGAUUGAAUAAAAAGACUUCGAGCAUGAGUGCAUACCAGCAUUACUUGUGUCACGCAUAAAAUACAAACCGGCGAAUAAAAUACAAACGUCUUACCUAAAUACUGCAGGCUAAUUGUAUCUAAUCAAAUGCAAAUAAAAUCGUUGAAUUAGAUAAUUAUAUGAGUGUUUUUUUUUACUGUGUUGUUCAAUCCAGUUUUCAAUGAAAGGCAUUCACCUACAUCUGAAAGCGGUUUCGCCCGCACUUCCUAGCCAACGGCUACUGCUAGUUUUAGGUUCAAUAAAAAAAUAUACAGCUUUUUAAGGAUGGGUGGUGGGAAGUGUUUCCACCUUAAUUUGAUGUAGUUGAAAUUAGAUAGUUUAACGAGCGUGAUCCUUCUUCUUUAUGUUACUUAGGGGCAUAUGUGCAACUGAUAUAAGAAUACAAAACUUUGUUGCUCCACUCAUGAAUCUACUGGCACAGGGUUACAGUGAGUUAUACGAUGGACAGAAACGGUUAGAAGCUCUUCGGGCGUCUAAAAAGGAGGAAUUUUUUGGACUUCGUGAUUUCUACAGGUAGGGAUGUUCAAAAGUAGUUUAACUUGUCAGUUCUAGCUUAUUUUAAGCUCUUGUUACAGUCUCCUCAAGGUCCUUUUGAGAGCAUUGGAAUUUCGGAAAUAACAGUGCUCUUCCCAUUAAUCAGUCCAUCAUGCAGUUAUGUCCAGAAAUUCUCGCAAUGGCGAAUCUGCAAAAAAUCACAUUAGCGAAUUUUCGCCAAAUUCGCCAUUUUCGUCAAAAUUGCCUUUUUCAAGGGCACCUUUGCCAUCUCAUUUGCCUUGAAAAUUAUACUUUGGCGAAUUUUUGCCAUAUUCGCCAUAUUUUCGUCGAAUUGGCCAUUAUCGUCAAAACUGCUACUUUAGACGGCGCCCCUUUGCCAUAUCAUUUGACUUGUUCAUAUUACUAUGGCGAAUUUUUGCCAUUUCACAGUUUUCGCCAAAUUUGCCAUUUUCGUCAAAAUCGCCAAUCUCAAAUGGGACCCUUGAUCAUUUUUAAUUUCACUUGUCCCAAAGGCUUUGGCGAAGUUUCGCCCUAUUCGUCAUUUUCGUCAUGAACGCGUCUUUCCAACUUUUCUUAUCGCCGGCGUCUGGAUCAGCUUAUACAGCUAUAUAUCAGCUUAAGUUAUACAGGUUUAUUGAAAACAGCUACAGUGUUGUUUGUCUUUUAUCCUAAAUGUCAACCUCUCUUAAAACCGAGGGCAAGUGCGAAGUCUUUCUCACAGAAAUUGACCCAUUUUCCAGGCAAAGUUUUACACUUGGCUUUAUUUCGAAACAAAACUUGAGUGCAUUGAAGCUUGCAAGAAUGGCCUAUUUCUUUCAUGUAGUGGUUAUUUGUCAGGAAUUUUAUUUUUUUCUCAGUUUGACAGUUUUCAAACUCCUUGGAUAUUUUACCCCCGAUCAUGGUUGCAGAGUAGGAAAUUCGAAAUUAAACUGGGUUAAAAAUGUUCAGAUUAUCACGAGCUAAAAUCAGGACGUUAAUGUCAGAUAAAACAAGCGUCGGUUGAAUCAUUCUAUCCUCACAUUGAAUUUUAGCUUGGUAAAGAUGGUGUACAAAACAGCUGAGGAACAUGGACGAGAGCCACGUUGGCCAGAAAUUGAACGAGCCAUCAGAAGGAAUUUCGGGGGACUGGAUGCGAUUGACCCACUGAAAAUCUUCAGGAAACAUAUUCCUUUUAGCAGAACCGAAAUGGUAGGCGUGUUGAAUAAUUUGCUUGUUUUAAAGUUGCCUCUGCUAUGCGUCCACCGUAUUUCACAGGUAGGCAGAAGGUCCACUCAAAAACUUCGAAAGGUUUUCAGGUUAGGUUGGGCCGGCAUUCUGUGUGCACACCGAUAACAACAGCUGUCGAUUACGUCAGUUAGUAAUCGACUUUCCUAGUCGAUUUCCUACAAUUAAGCGUUUGCACCGUAACUCCACUGGGGUGUAAAUGUACUUUUCCUCGAAAAGGCUAUAAUAGUAAUAGUCGGCAUCUAAGUACAACGUUUCCGAAACUAUACAGAGAUUUCUCCAGUGUUUUUUGUGAUUCUUUGCGUUUUUACUCAUUUCCUAGAAGACGCAAAAUAAAGAUGCAUUUUCUGCAGUCAACCUUAUCAAAGCCAGCCUCGAACGCGAAAUCUCCGGAGGGUAAGAGAGUCAAUAAGAUACAGUACUGUGCAAAAAAAAUGAGAGCGAAUUUCGCGAAUUUCGACGAGCAAAUUACGAACUUUCGUUUCAGACGAAAUUUUGGCGAAAUUCCGGAGCAUCUUUUAUUGUAGUCCGUGCGAAAUUUCGGAAACUAGGUGAUGACUCCGAAACGAAAGUUCGCGGCAUGAACCGAAAUUUGGUAGCGAAAUUUCGACAAAGCUUUACGAAAUUUCGCGUCAUUAACGUAACUAAAUUUCGGUUCGAGUUAAGCGGUAUUUCGCUUCGACGAACCGAAAUUUCGUUACUGAUAAGUUCUUAACUAACCAGGGCGCGGUUGUUUACAGCAGGAUAAAGAUAACCAAGGAUUAGAGUGAAAUUUGACUUCAAUUGUGAACGCUUACCAAGCAGAUUCAUAUGAAUUCUUUUUGCCUACCAUUUGAUAUUUGGACGCUCUAAAAUCACGAGUCGAAACAAGCAUAAAAAGCGCUGUUGAUUUAGCUACUGACUGUAAAUUGUAGUCUAUCUUAGCGAUCGUGUCCCAAACGGAUCGCUACGAUAAUCGAACGUUGCUUCCAAUCAAUCUGUUUUUGAAGGAUAUUACCGAUCGUAUCAAUCAUACACAGAAACCAGACCUUACAUGUACAGCAUGUACAUACACCAUUAACAACAUGAACCUCAGUAGGCAGAGAAUCUUGUGAAGAAAAUUUGAGACGGAACAACACUUGUUAAUUUACGUAUUGUUAUGUGUGUUUUAAUCUUACUAAAUGAACGCGAGGUUUACUCGAUGUUGCUGUCUGUUGUUGGCAGAUGCACUUUUCAAAACCGUCAAAACCCUUAAAAAAAACUGUUGAGAACGUUCGUGAACCUACAUGAUGCAAAGCUGUUGCCUGUUUACUGUGCUUACUAAAUUCCUUGAUUGGUUGUUUUCCUCUUCCCUCCAGAGCUGAGUAAAACGAAUUGAAAGUAUCUCCCUGCAAAGUUUAAAACAACGCCGGAUGGGAACGUCCCCUGUAAAGUCGUUCGAAUUGUUCUUCGAACUUUCAUGUUUUUAAUUUACCGCAAGCGUGGAAUGACAAGUCGCUGACACAAAGCAAAAGGAAUUGAAGCGCAAACUUGUGAAAUUUUAUUGCUGAGAUUAUUUAAAUCACAAGACUUUGCUUUUUGUUACACAUAUGUCAUUUCAAGGCUACGAUCGAGUCUUUCAUGUAAGCUUUAAAAUUUUGCUUUUUUAAAUUAACUUGGCGUUAAGACAGAGGGAAUAUUAAUGCCGAAAAAAAUAAAUUGUCAGGAAUCGAUUUAUUAGCUCAGUUACGCUGAAAUUAGAGAAAAUGCUUAACUGCAGGUCGAGCGAUGGUUUCGGCUAAAAGUAACCAUAUGCAAAUUUCUUAAUUCGAGUUUAUUUCAGCGGUAAAUCUUUUGCGACCGCCUCUUUGUUGAGAAGUUUCUGAUGAUUGCGGUAAAAUAGACGGAAGUUAAAUGGGGACUGUAACCGGCCUUUCCCUCAAGUAACGUGCAAUCGGUAGCUGGUUAAGAAUAGGUAAGUUUCAGUCUAAAAGACCAGAAAAGUUUUAUUACGGGAACAUUAACUUGGUUGUCUGUGUUGUGGGCAAAUAGUGUUACUGAUCUUUGUCGAACCAGAUUGUGUGUUUCCAUGAAAAAGUUUUAGAGAGAACUUAACUGUUUGUUAAGCUAUAAAUGCGAAGCAGAUCGUUAUCAACUAGUGUAGUGAUCAUAUGAAAUUUGUUGCAACCAGCGCUGUGAUGAACAAUCCCGGCAAUCGAGGCGAUCGAACGUAGCGAACCUACAGUGAAGCGAUUCAAAGCAAUGCAGGUAAAGGACGGAAUUCGGCGAACUUUGCUCUCAUUACUUUUGAACAGUACUGUAAAAUGACCCACUUCGUUUAUCAUUUACGGACAAACGCCAGAAAUAGGCAACUUUCCUCUGAUUGCACAGUGUAAAAUUUGUUCCCAGAGGGUGGUGGGGGGUGGUGGGGGUAUUGAUCACGUGUCAUGGAAAAUGUAAAAUGGCCGUUUCACAUUUCACGGACAAUAAAUUCGGCAUUCACGUUUCAAGAGAAACAAAAUUUUUAUACGAUCAGUUUUGCUUAUUUUGGUUAAGAACUACAGCCAAAGAACUGCCUUGUUCGAUGUCCCCACCAUUCUCCCGCUGCUUGUUCUUGGUGCUGUGAAAAGGAAACCGAGUUCUUUGUUUAGAAGUUGAGGCUCCGCACCAUCUUCUAAUACAGAAACAUUGUCAUCCGAGGGGUCGUUAUCGUAUUCAGAGAGCUGGUCUGCUUUAGAAAUUCAGAUGAAGAUCCAUCUUUUCUUUCAUCAUCUUGUGGCACUUCAAUGUCACAGUUCAAGAUGAAUUCAACACUCGAAACUCGUUUCACAGAUUAUUGUUAUCAAAAAUCACGGCUCAAGGCGAUUAUCAAUUCCAUUAAUGGGGAAUAAAACCAGCAAUUCACGGUUCACGAAAAUACCCUUUACCGCCCUCUUCUCACUUGACGUUUUCAUUUCAAUAGAGAGAGUCGAUACUUAUUGGUGCUGACAGAGAACUAUGCAGCCUUGCCUAUUGUUCAGCAGGAACUGCACAAAAAAGGCGAAGAACCUGUCGUAAUUUUCGGCAGUAGCUUUCCCAAGGACCAAGAAUACACUCAGGUACUAACAGCUGUAUUAAAAAGUAAUUAAAAGUGUUGUUACUCGUGAGAUGGAUGUUUCGUUAAUUAGACUGUUUCAGUAACAAGACUUGCUCCCUCCUCCGCAGAGUGUAAAAUAGUAAGUGCGUGGUAAGCCUGUAAGCCCUUCCUAUCUUCCUUCGCGAGCUUUCUUUUAUUUCUUUCCCCAGUCUCCGUAAGACACGAAGAUGCCUCUAUGGAAGAGAGAGAAGAGUUAGCAGAAACAUUGUUGAAGACAUCAAUAUUUUAGGGCAAUGGCAUGCAUUUUACUUUACAACCCGUAAAAACAACCUCUUCCAUUUAACCAACCAUUUACCUCUUAGGAACCAACUGACCUUAACCAACUACAGUUGAACCUCAACUUGGGGACUGAGGACAGUUUAGUAGCAGAGAUGGAGCCGUUAUGGAGAUAUACUAGAAAAGAGUCGGUUUUAAGAUAGCUUACUACCGUUUUAAGAAGAAAAAUAUCGUGUUAAAGUCAUCAGGGUCCAUCAGUUCUUUCUUUAAGCUGUGAUCCCAUGAUCAUUGGACUUCUAUUAGCUGUUAUAGCAAUCUGUGGAAUGUUUUGUUGGGUUGUCGUUUCAUGUUUCAGAUCUGCCGUGACAUGAAUCGAAUUAAAGUCUGCAUGGAAACGGGAAGAACUGUAAUUCUUUUGAACUUGGAGAGCCUCUAUGAAAGUCUGUAUGACGCACUAAACCAGGUAUAAGUGUCUGGCAAUAUUAUAUACACAACUUCGGUAUAACUACAAGUCAUUCUUUAUAAUGUCUUCUUCGUAUUAUUACUUGACAUUUUAAAACUUCUUAAGUCAAUCACUCCAUCAAUAAAUCUUCAAAUAGAUACACACAUUUCUUGGCGUAAAUUAAGCUUUAUUGACUACCUUUAUAACGGCGUUAACGUUUGCGAUAUAUUAUUUUUAAUCUGCACUUUUCAAACUCAUUAAUAAUUCAUAAAGAAAAUACAAAGAAAAUUAAUGUUUAAUGAGUGUUUGGAAAUCGGAUGAAAAACUGCUCAGUAUUUGCAUCCUUAAUUUCUCCUUCAAAAAUGAUUUUGUUUGAGAAGAAAUAUCAAACAUUCGACACAGUGUUUCAUCACCAGAUGAAACACCUCGAAGUUCGUCAAAAAUACUCCGCUGCGCGUCGUAUUUUCAACUCUCUUCUCGGUGUUUCAUCUGGUGAUGAAACACUGCGUCUCAUGUUUGAUAUAUUACUUCCAGUACUAUGUGUAUUUUGGAGGACAGAAAUAUGUGGAUCUUGGCCUUGGAAGUCACCGUGUAAAAUGUCGCGUCCACGAUGAAUUCAGGUAAAACGUCCUUAGACAGUACUUUCAGUCCGUGAACAUGGCCUGUCAAUACUUAUAUGUAAUUCCUUGUCAUAGUUUUGUCAGUUAAUGAGGAACGUUGAGUCGACUAGGUCUCAUAGAAGGCAAACUUUAAUCACUUCAGAAGUAGGUUACAGUCGUAGAGCUAAUGACAUAGUAACACACACACAAAACUAGUAUAGGGGUUGCUCAUAUACCUUAAAGAGGGGGUUUCUAGAAUGUUCCGACAAACACAUAGUCAGUCUAUUUAGAGAGACUUACAUAACGUUUGGGAUAACGGUAGAGAUCAGCAAAUUGACAUUCUAGAACGUUCUUAUCCAAGAAGCAAAUGCAGAUGAAUUCCAGAAAGUUCUAGAUAUCAUAACAGUCAUUGCCACACCAACAGUACAUAAAAAUAGUGUUUAUGGCGUUUAGAUGUUAAAGAUUCGAUUUAACCGUCCCAAACGCAGCCCGCAAGUUUUCGCUGGAAGAAUUCAGGUCGUUUCAUUACACUCCUUUAUAACGAAGGUGUUUGGAUAUCUAAUAGCUUCAUUUUUGAAUAAUGUGGCUUAAUGUGGUCUAGUAAUUCUGGUAAUUCUGCUUUAAGUAACGUUUACCAAUUCAUUUUCUGUCAAACAGAUUGAUUGUCAUUGCUGAGAAAAAUGUUGUGUACAGUAAGUUUCCGAUUCCUCUCAUUAAUCGCUUGGAGAAACAUUACCUGGUGACUUCAGCAAGUCUCAGUUCUCCACAAAAGGUCCUGGUGGACAAGUUGCAGGAAUGGGUAAAAAGCUUUUCUCAUGUCGACAUCCCUCGUCACCGGCAAUUAAGGUAAAGACAGAAAGUCAGCCAGGAAUUUGUCAGUGUUUGUUAGGGCCAAAAGGCAGGUUUUUGUGUCCGAUAAGCCCGAAAACCAUAUCAACGAAGGACAAGAAAAGAAAAAAUCGAAGAGCAAAGAAAAAGAAAGGAGGGAAAAAAAAUUGCAAUGGUUUUGCACUAUAUUGGCUACGUUUUUGGCCGAAAACAAAAGUGCUUGAUGGAAGAGGUCUAUUUGACAGUAACGUUUUCAAAAAUUCUGUAAGAUAUAUUUGUAUUGUGCAUGAGGUAAGAAACAAAUUUGUAGACUGCAAAACAUCCUCACUUUACGGAUGGAACCCACGUACUCUUCCCCUAACAAAAUACCCUCACUACUCACUUACAUAACAACUUAAACUUGUCCCGGUCUUCUCGGUUACGGUUCACGAUUUGGCAAUUUGCUGCAAGAUUGACUUCAUUUUUCAUAUCGCAAAAUUCUUCCAAAUUCGGUCGACAAUAGCUGGUUAUGAAUCAUGCGUGGGAUUUUAGCCAAUCAGAAACAGAGAAAUAGUUUAAAUGAAUAAUAAUGAAGUUUAUUCAUUUCUGAUGUUUGUGAUGUAAUUUUGAUCCUCACAGGAAGUACUCACCUGGUGACGCAUUUGUUGGUUACCAUGCUGACACAGAAGCUUGCGUCGUACUGCAAGUAACCAACAACAUUGAAGAAAGCGAAUUCAGUGAUGAAUAUUUGCUAGACAAGGUAUAGUGGGACGUAAUUUGGAUGAAUUUGAAUUUGUGUUGGCUAAUUUAACCUUUUUUGGUAGCUCAUUAGUUUCUGGUACAGUAUUUAAUGCUAAGUUUCCUUCCAAUCUGCUCUUUUUCAUCAUAGCCGUUCAAAGAAUCUGAGGUGGUGUCAAAAAUGGUCGUUUCUCCGUUUUCCAGAAGCACGCCGCUUUUCUUUAUCGUCUCUUUACCACUCUGUCUGUUAACAAAGUGUGAUGAAACUAUUGAUGAACCCAUAGAAUCGCAUUCUUUUUCCUGAAAGUGGUGGAAAUACACCUUCAUAAGUAGGAAAGUUAGUAUUCACACACCUUAUUGGCUUGAUCGAUUAACAUUUGCUUGCCUUUCAGCUCUUCCAGGAAUCGAAAGAAUUGUUGUUACAAUGUUCAACUCCGGAUGCUGUUGUACGUCUGCCAUCUACACACCUUGCUCAGCAAGCAGACGAGCUCUGGACAAAUUACUUUACAAUACAGGAACAUUCAAGUCUAACAGCUUUUCUAAGAAAUGUUCUGACAAUAGAGGGAGGGCGUUCCGGAAAGGGGAGUUUAAUUCAGGUGUGCUCUGAUUUGAUCUUUCGUUGGUAAUUAAUGAACCAACACUUAAUAACUAUGAAAUAAUAUUGAAUUUGAUUUAACUAGACUGUUAAUUGUCAUAACCACUAUGACCUCUGUGUAUUGCUGGAGAUAACUUAUUUCUUCUUGUAGGUGACAACUCAUUCCAGAUUGCUGUCUUCAAAUGAUUUGCAAGACAUAGCUCGUGCCACAUCUCUACCCUUGCCAAACGUAACAUGUCUAAGUCUUCAGCAGUUCCACACGGAACAACAGUUUUGCUCAUCUGUGAGGUAUACAAAAUUAAUUGCAAGUGUUAACUACUAUUGCAUUUCUAAACUUUAGGCAGACAGGACUUGAGCUUACUUGCAGGGACGAGGGGGCGCAGAAUAUAUUUUUGGAAUGAGCAUCAUUUUUCCAUAUCCCACCUAAACAAAGGUGACUAAGUUUUGCGUUCUAGAGAUACUUUCGUCGUCCUUGUCACAAGUACUUCCUUGACAACUCCAGAAAAAAUUUACCGUAUUUUGACCAAUUAAACGAAAUGGAUUAAGAGCGAUGUGCCGUUUUUAAAGCCUUUGCCGUCGUGGUUGCUUAAGCUCCCUAACAACAGUCCAGCCGAAACAUUUAACUCAAAGACUCAAUCCAUUAUUGCAUGUUAUCACAUUGUGAUUUUCUAGGGAUUUCUUUGCACAACUUGGUGGAAGGAAAGGACUGCUUAUCGUGCAAUGCGAUGCUGGAGACGUCAAUCGUAAUUUGAUACCCUGUGCCCGACACCUUCUCGUUGAACAAAGGACAACUGCAGAAGAAGAUUUCAAAAAUGACCCUUCAUCAUUUGUGCAUGUAGUUAUGAUUAUUCAACUUCCUCGACUUGUCGGAGGCUGUGAAGCAUUUGCUGGUUUCCAGGGAGGAAGGUGGCUGUCUGUUCACAUUGACGAACUUCGACCGCCAACUGGUCACAUCCCAGCCAUUCAAUUCAUGGUGGAUCGGUCAAUGAGUGAGUUAUUUGAUGUUGCAUCAAGCAGCAUACGGGUGGACAAAAAAUACGUUGAGGCAGCGAGAGAUGACAUGGAAGUCGACGAACAGAGUGAUGCUAUUGCGGAUAGAGUAAAUAUCGUCAGCCUUUUGAGAAGCUGUGUUCAAGCAGCUAUUGCAAGAAUUGAUGCUGAACCAUGGCGCUCAUCACGAUCAACACGGCGAAUUGAGCUUAUGCUGAGUCUUCUUCCAGAUGGUAGAACAGAUGGGACUGGUAAGGGUGGCGUUCAAUUAUCUUUAAUUAUUCCCUCGUUAUGAUUGUCUCAAGUUUCACAACAUUAUGCCAAGCCAGUGGACUCUUUGCAAAGUAUGAAACAGUUUGAAGUCACUGGAUUCCUUAGACAACUGCCCGUGCUGAGCGUUUUGUCAACAAGGAUCUUUUUUCAUGGUUUGAUUGGCUUCUAGUAACCAAUUGAGCAUGUCAGCAACAUUUUUUCUUCUUACUUUUGUAGAUCUAUCAUUUGCUACUAUUUUGGCUCGACGAAUCCACAAACUUCUUCAAGAAAAGGAUGAACGGGCUGGAACUAAGGCAAAUGACUGGCUACGCUCUGAGGCUUUAAGCGGUACUGGAAUCCAAGAAAAUGGAACAUUCAGGAAAGCCCUAUGGCAAAGAGUCUAUUCAUCAGUUAUUUCAAUUCUUUCUGAAGUAAUCGCUUUUGUUGACCGUGACUCCAACCUAGACCUGCUGAUGGAUGGAGGGAAUUGGUUUUCAAGUCUUUGGCUACGGUUUUUCCAAAGUGAAAACAUAGUCGAACUUCAUUAUGAGAGCUUUUUGUCGCUGGAAAGUGGUAUCAUACGAGAACGUGUUCCUGUGGUCACCUCGGGUCGUGAAAAGCAGUCGUUUGAACUGCAGUUUCCUUUCUCUUGGAUAAUUAAGGAAAGAAUUGAUGCCAUGUGGAGGGAGGCUUCGAGUAUUGCUGGUGAGACACUUUUUUUUCUUUUAAAAAAGAGUUGUUUCAUUUUUCAUAUUGUCUCUGAAAAACGUCUACGAUCUCAUCUUGAUACUAUUGUGUCCUUUGUUGUCCUUAGCGGCAUCAAACACGCCAAUUCAACAGUGUUUACAUGACCUGGUAAACAAUAGUGAAAUGGGCCGUUUUCUAGACGAGUCUUCGUUAGAAGGUUAUAAAGAAGCUGCCGUUGAGCGUUAUCUUCAUGAUUUUGUUCACAUGGUGCUGAAGCCAUUAGUCCCUGAAGAGGAAAAGGUAUCAGGCAUAAUUUCUGGAAUGUUACUGGUGUUUUCCUACCCUGCAGCUCCUUUCACGAUCGACGAUCGAACUGAUUAAGAUUAUUUUGCAUUAUAUACAAGGGUUUUUUUUAAUCCAUAAGAAUUAUUUUGAGCCGUUUUAUAUGCCUAUUUUCUAUUUUGAGAAAUUCUCAACUUAAAACUGACGUUUUCCGUUUGCCGUAAACGUGACUCUGAAUCUCUUAAAUGUCUUAAUAAAGUCAUGUAUACUACUGGACCUUUUUGUGAAUGAGGGUUGCAAGUCAAGCAAAUCUUUCUUGUAGACACUGCAAUAAUAUAUUGGUAAGAGCUCACCACUAGCCUUUUUUGGAUUUUGUUUUAGCUACUCCGUAAGGCUAUUGUCACAGCCGCUCGCGAAUGGUAUGUCGACUCGAAUUUUUCAGGGGAGUUUGAUCUCAGCAUCCCUCUUAUCCAUGUUGUGUAUGACGCCAUCGAGAAACGCUUGACAAAUUUCAGCCAACUGUUACAUGCGCAGCGGGACAUUGUAAGCGCUCUGCUAGAAGACAUUCCGCCCAACGAAGAGGAGAUGGUAAGAAAGGGUAUAAGUUAGGUAGUCUAAUAAUUAAUAUGUUCCAUGACUGGGCAUUCGAGGGCACAGGACAGAAACUAAGCAGUCUACUAGACGGCUUUCUUUUUUUUGGCACAAACCCGAAGCUACGUUUUGUUGUUACUUCGCAUCUUGCAAAGUGUUCUUGAAAACUGUAAUCGUAAUGUAAGUGUUCUGCACUCACAUAAAUUACUCAGCACUAAAAAUGUAUUUUUGAUAAAACACACCGCCUGUAAUACUUUCUGUUUUGAAGAAAGUAGUAGCUGUCGUGUGUUUUGUAGGACCUAAUGCACAUAUUUCCCUCAGAAACGCUACGGAAUAAAUGCAAAAAUAUUUUCUGUGAAUGGACUUGUAGGCAAAGCCGACCAAUAACCCUAUUGAACACUUUCUUUCAUGGAUACAUUACCUAUUACUCCCUACUCCACAGUGUUUUAACAAAGCUUAUGCAGAGAAACUCGAAAGCACAACCAGCACCAACUUUGUCCCAAAACAGUGAAUGUAAUGAAGAAAGCUAACAAACUUGAACAUGGCCGGAUAACACUAUCUGACCGUCUAUUGUAGUGUAGUAGCCUCUGACUACUAACCUCCUCAUUUCCGAGGUGGAAAUCCGACUCUUGGCACAAAACAUUUACUCUCGGAAAUCCUUGCUGUGACUAUUUAACGCUCGUGCCUCUGGGCUACCCAUGAGUGUUUCCUUAACUUCUUGUACCCAACAUUUAGGUCCUUGAUGCAGUUGCCCUUCGGUUGUGUUUGUCACAGCUUGAACCAAGAGGAGAAGAGUUCGCUGAUUCUCAGACUUGCUUAGUGUGGUGCAACAGAGUCCUGUCCAUCAGAUCAAGCGCCGAAAACAUGCUUUACAGCAAAUCACAGUAUGGACCUAAAUCAACUCAGAUUCUUAAUCAUUGCAGGUCUGUGACCCACAAGAAUAAACUGUAAAGUUAUCCUACGAAUAAUUUAGUGAUACCUGGAAAAACGAUCCUUGUAGUCUGUUGCAAAUCUCUGGUAAAUCCUUAUUACACUAAGGACAGCCUAAAAACAAGUAUUGUAAAUUUAGAAUUCUUGCAAUAGCUCUUUCAUUGCUAAUAAAAACCGAAGAAAAAUUGAAAUUUCUUUUUGCAAAUUCCACGAAAUAAAUAGCAAUAUGAAAACGUUCUGCGAAAGAGGCUUCAUGUGAAUAGUAAUACUAUAGGAUUCCAUCCAAAGAUAAAGAACUUAGAUUGACAUGAUCUUUGAGUGAAAAUACGUUCUCUUCAUAAUAGAUUCCUUGAUCUUUCGUUUCACAGUGGUUUAGACCUGUUUUUCCUGGUCUUUAUCAGGCGAUGAUCAAAACAGACCCGAUGAAGACCAGCGAGACGCUGUUGAAACGUGACGAUCAAUAGCAAAGUGACUGACGUCCAGAAUUCCAAAUUAUGAUGAUUAUUAUUUUCGAUGCUAUUCUAUUCUUUAUUUUGCCAUCCCAACAGGUCAACUUGGCAAAGAGUGAGCGCUGUAAGACUGUUUAUAGAACACACCUGUCCUAGUUCAUCGGCCUGUCACCGAGCGGAUGAUGUAAAUGCUUUCAAGCUUUGGAAGGUGAGAAUCAACCUUUUCUACCCGUCCCCAAGCCUUGGAACGAGGUUGGGUGAGAAUAGAAGGCACCGUGGUACUGUCGUCUUUCGUAGAUGUAUUUUAGCCGGUGACUUUAAGUUAAACUAGCAAGAGUGUUCCAUUAAGUUGUAGACCCCGAGCUUUUAGAUGUCUGGUAAAAUUUGUAAUUUGUUUACCCACGGAGCAUUUAGGAGUUCUAAGAACUCGUUGAAACGUUUCCGUGCGUUCCAGCACGAGCUGGAAUUUGAAAGUGUUGGUUUUUCAUAGAGGGGAAAACCGGAGUACCCGGAGAAAAACCUCUCAGAGCAAGGGAGAGAACCAGCAACAAACUCAACCCACAUAUGGCGUCGACGCCGGGAUUUGAACCCGGGCCACAUUGGUGGAAGGCGAGUGCCCUCAUCACUGCACCCUGUUACUCCCCAAGGGUUAUACUUAGAGUGCCGUAACUUGAACCGCAGACAAAAAUAUAUAUAAAAAAAACAGCCAAAAUUGUUCCUUCGGAAAAACACCUUUUUUGCAGCGUGUCUUAAAUAUACAGACGUAUUUAUCGUGCAUUAUUCAAUUGUGCACAUGUCUAAUAAAAACACUCUCCUUACAGGCCUUGGGAGAGGAUACAGACUUUGCAAAGCCACACACCAUGCGAGUCAUUGAGAAGUUUCUGGUUGACUGUAGUGAAGCUGUCAGUAAACGCUAUACCAGGUACGAUUGUGUAAUGUGAUAAACGUCGUUAGUGGGCGAGGGGCGAAGGACGCAUCUUUUACUUUAUUUGAUAUUUUAUGGUUUUAAAACUUAAAGUGACGGAAAAGGAAAGAAGCUUUAUUUUGAAAGUUUUCUUAUUGAAGUAUUUAUUACCUUAUUGGCUUAAUAAAGAUACUUCCAGUCGCCGUUUCAAAUUAAACUUUUCAGAGGUCAAGCAAAGUGAUUAACCCUUAAGCCCCAAUAUUGACCAAAAUUAAUUUUCUUCUGACAAUAUCAAUACAUAUUCAAAAGAAAAGAUUUUGAUAAUUAAUGAAGUGAUCACAGAAGGAAAAAUGCUUUGAUCUUAAUUUGAAACAAAUUUUCUCAACUAGAAUAUAGUAUAGCGAGAUCAUUGCAAGAGAAUUUUUAUAGUGUUGUCGGAGAUUAAAGGUUAAAGCCAGGGUUGAGUUUUUCGAAGGUCAAUUGAUGCAAAUCUAGACCGGUUAUUUUUUAGCCUGCGAACAGCAGACGUAUUUCCGGUGGUCGCUUCUCGGAGGGAGAGAAGCGACGGCCGGAAAUACGUCUGCUGUACUGUGUAAUUCUCUAUUCUCGGGCGUGCCUAAUAUGCGGACGGCAUCAUUUUAAUCAAUAUAAUGAUUCCCUUUUCACAGUUUUGGUGUUAACACCUGCCCCGUGUGCUUGGACGGCUUAGUUGGAAAGGACCCGGUCAAAAUACCUUGCAGUCACGUGAUCUGUCUGCAUUGCAUUUCUGAAUGGAUAGUACAGGAACGAAAUUGUCCUAUGUGCAGACAGCACAUCCCUGAGGAUUUUAGGAUACAGUCCACCCAAAUUAUAAGGUUAGAUUUCUUUUCUUACUUAAAAGGGUUAGUUUCUAGUUUGGAGUGAAAGACGGAAAAUUACAAACUUGUCCCCCUUACUUUUGUUUAUUGCCUAGAACGAUGGUGAACGAUGAAAGUCAGUUUUACAGCCUGCCAUUUGGGCAAGCUGUAGCUAGUAUGUACCAGCCCACAAGUCAUUUCAACUAGCCCCCAAACCCUUUUUGAUUAGCAGGAUUGAUUACAAUCCUUUAAUUUAAAUUUCCCAAAAAUAACAGCACUUGCCCGUCAGGCAAGUUAUGCACCUAUCAAUGUAAACCCCGUGUGGGGGGGCGGGCAAGGGGUGGGGAUUUGACAAAUUUUAAAUUUUUUGAUCAAAAUCAAAAGUGUCAAAAGAGACCCCACCCCAGGGGAAAAAUCUAAACAAACAAUACUAUAAUACUAUAUAAAACGAAUGAAAGAACAUUUCAAAAGUACAUUCUUACUACUUUUAUUUAAGGUUAACGUAAGCUCCGUUAAGUUACUCGCUGUAAUUAAGUAUUUUUCUCUCCACUAGCAUUUCUUAUUUUGAACAACAAAAUCACUCCAGGAAGACUGACCCUGCUAUUGUAAUAUUAAUGAAACGUAAAAUGCUUUAUAACAUCUGGUCAACAUGUCGGAUCAGUGACUCGUAAAAAAUCCUCUGACUUUCAUGGUGGAAUUCGAUUUCAAUCGAGUUUUACAAUCACAUGGGAACUUGAAGAUAAAAACUUUCUUAAAAUGGGCAUUAUAGACAGUUUAAAGUAUCGGAUUAUGGCGAUUAAAACAAAUGAAAACUUCAUACCUUUCUCCAACAGCGUGACUUUCAGAAAGCCUAGAGGAACGGACCUGGUAACCUCUUCUAAAUUGAUACCAGGAAUACCAGGCUUCUGUCGGUCAAAGUCAAAUAUCCCGACCCCGGGGUCGCUUCGCACGAUCAAAAGCCCAACAGGGAGAUAGUCUCAGGCAUCCCCGCCCCUUGCCCGCACUCUCCCCCACGGGAUUUACAUUGAUAGGUGCAUUAAGAACAAAAAUCACUAGCCCGAUAUCAAAAUCCACUGGCCCCAGGCUAUCGGACACGACUUUCUUUGCACGCUGGUUUACUAUUAAAUUAAGAACCAACGCCUUGGGUCGAGGCCAACGGUUAUGGGGGACUUUACCAACAAACAUGAAAGUGACUGAACAAAAAUCAACAAAUUUGAUUAAAAAUCUGCGACAAACAUUACCGUGACAGUCAACGGAUCGAAACAGUUGUUCGUUUUAAUUGAGGAUGUUGUCCUGCUACAGCUUAUUUCAGUGUGACCAUGUUUGCCCUGGGGAAUUUGAGGUGUACUGAUGAACUGCUGUUAAUAUCUUCCUUUUGCGUCAUUUCUAGGAAAGCUGUCCAAGAACACUCCGACUUUCGCCGCCGAUGUAACUCUUUCUUCAUGGAGCUUGUUUCAUUAUUUUGUUUUGGCGCUGAAGGUGGUGAAAGUGUAAUGGACCCUGAGCUGUUCGACAUGUUCAUGAGUUACGUGAUCGAAGCUGCUAGUUCUAAAACCAAAGACUUUUCUCCUUUCCCUGAGCAUGGUAUUGAUGCAACUGCUGUGGUGAGAUCAUUCCUACUACAGCAACUACUGAGGACAGGGUAUGUAAUGGCAGUAUUUGUCGUUUCAUUUGUAGGUAAAAUUCCAUUGGUUGGUGGUUAAAUAGUUGUUAAACGCUAAUCCAGGAUUUAUUGUUAAGAAAGCACUGUUUCCGCAUCUAGUUUAUUUAAAUAUUUAUGUCUUUAUUGCUUCAUUUACUUAUUUCAUCAUUUAUCUUUUUGUCAAAUCGCAUUAAAAAGACACCCAUGUUAGGCCAUGUGCACACGAAUCCGGGCAUUUUUGAAACCGCAUAUCUUUUAUCCGGAUCCGUCUGGGCGGGGCCUUAAAUCGCUUACAUAAAUAAUGCUGUUUCGGUGUCCGGAUUCACUCGUGGAGACGGAAAGCCGAUUAGUGCAAAAACAUAUGCGGUUUCAAAAACAUCCGGAUUGGUGUGGAGGGGUCUUAUAAAAGUUGGUGUAGUGACUGAGUUCCAUUCACCCACGACUUUAUGCUUCAACUUUCGUUAUCAUUCAUUCAAAAUAUUUCUCCCUUCCUAAUUGGCUAAAAGCACACGCACAAUUCACCAUAACCAAUUACUGAUGACCAAAUUUGAAAGAAUUUUGCAAUUUAUAAUUCUACCUGGAGUUUUGAAAACUGGGUUAACAAACGUUUUGUAAUUUCUCUUAACUUCCCCUGUCUAAUAGCUCCUUUACUGAGUUGUUUGGUUAUGUCGUUUUUUUUUGUUCGUUUUGUGGUUAGGGAUUUGUGUAGAAGUGGCUGUAGACAGAAUUUCGCGAAUUUCUAUCUACCCCCCCCCCCCUUCACUCCCUUCCUGUUUUUUUCGAUCCUACCCACAAUUCUGUAUUUAACACAAGUGACAGUUAUUUAAAAUCACUGCUCGCCUAAAGGUGGUUUCGGUGCCGUUUACCAGUUAACAUUUUGUUAUUGGUCACCUUGAGAAAAGUUUCCCGGAGAGCAUCAUGUAAAGCUCUGAGAUGGGACAAUGUUAAGACGAUUCGCAGAGUUUACAUCGUCCAAUAUCGUAUUGUAUUCUCGUUUCAUUUGGUUAAACGGAACAAUCACCCUGAUCCGGACUGAGACAGAAAGAUACGAUGUUGUUCGCUUUUCUAAGGUGACCACUAAGUCUUUGGCCUCGGGAACAGGCUCUUGGGAGUCAAAUGAAUUAGGCGAGAGAAACAUUGCAGGUGAACUUUGACCCAGACCCUGGUGUGAAAACAAGGUCUAGGCUGGUCUGCCGACCGUGUGAUCGUACAUCCGGGGACUUGAAUAAGACGAGUGUGAGAGAAAAGUUCAGAGGUGUUUAUCUGCCAAUGGGCUGAGUUUUUACGAGUUAUUCGAUGAUAUUUCGCUUGUGUUAAACGUCAGAAGAUUAUGCAUGGCUGUUGAUAGUCUUAUCAGUGCCGCGAAAGUGUGUGACUAGAGACCUUUAGCAUCAGGUUUUUCAUGGGAAACCGCAAACCGCAGUUUGCAGUUACGAGUUGGCAGUUUCACGUUGCCGAGAGUAUAAAUUUUAGAAGGCGUUCAGUUCAGUUCAGUCCAUUUUUAUUUAGCCAAAAUACAAUACGAUACAAGAAUACAUAUAGGAACUGUAAGGUUGCAAGGGAGCCCAGAAGAAACCAGAAGUCUUUUGAAGCCUGGGCUCCCCAGUCACAAAGAAAUAAGUAAAAUAAAAUGAAAUUCACGGAGUGAUACGCUAAAAAUAGGAACUAAACAGAGAAUGAGUUAAGUUAUGAAUUCAGUAACAAGAAAGAAAAAAAUUUUAACCCUGGAUUGGAACAGAAAACUUUCUUAUGUUAGUACGGCAGAAAGGAAUAAAAAAUCAAUUUGAACCCCGCGUUCAUUGUUUAGUGCCGCCAUUGUUUUUCAUCAAGUCGAAGUGCAUCACUCUCAUCGCCCAAAAAACAAAAUAAUUCAUUGAUUCAAGAUCAAAAAUCCAACAAAUACAUCGCAAACGGGUAUAAAAAUCAAGUUCGUGCCUUUAAACGCGAGGCUGUACAAUUUUUAAUGGCAAAAAACAUUGCCGUAAAUCACUUACUGCUGGAAGCCCUUCCUGCGGUUCAAACGUGAACUGCAAACUGCAAACGUGACCGCAAGGCCUUGGUCACGUGACAGUUUGUGGUUUGCCUUGAAAACCAUGAUGCUAAAGGUCUGUACUGUGUGAUUUCCGCAUGGUGUUGACAGGUAUGUGGUCGCGUGGUUGAGCUGUUUCGCCAAAAUAUUCUGUGCCAGCCAUAAAAACGUUUCUUCGUUGUUUAGGUUUCCUGAUUGUACCUUGGAAAAGCAACUCUCGACUCAGGGAAAUUGGAUCUACACCUAGUGUCUGAAUCCUGGUUUUAGGAAAAGAAUCUGUUUUCUUCAAUUUUCAUACGCUUUUUAGGCAUUUUGAAGACAAGUAGGUGAUGACUUGCAAUAAUAAUGACCUUUGAAACUAUUUGCUCAACAUAGAGCCAUAUCGGGCCCAUUCCCCUAACUGGAGCCGAGUACGGCGGAAGUUGGUCAGGCACGAUUUUUGGAGCAACGCGAAAAGUACUCGGUCACAAAAACACGAUGUAUUAUCAAUAUUCGCCACAAAUUAACUAGAGAAACACGGUUAAGGUAUAUUUCAACCACAAAUGAAUUGCAUUUGAAAUAAUAUGCGUCAAACAGGCCAGCCUGUAAAGUGAAUACAACAGUACUCACUUGAUUCAUUAAGGAAAAAUUAUCCUGUUCUUCUUUCUCUCCAUUUCAAAGUGAGUACUGUGACUAAAGAGCUGAAAAUUGUGCUUUCGCUGUAAAUAAAAGCGUCAAACUAGCUUGGUUGUUUACUUAGUUCGUGACAAAUAGCAAAUAAACACAAAUAAAUAUUAGCAACACUUUCAACUAAAAAAUGAGCCGGUACAAUUCUCGUGAAGUCAGCGAAAAACAGCUUUUUUCUUACAUCACAAUUGCAUGGCUCCUGUCGUAUUUUUGUGUUGUACAAAUGACAAGGACGGCUAUUCACGGCCGUUCUAUCUUUUGGAAAACGUUGUUAUUUUCUCUACCAAGCCGACUGGAUUUUUUUGACAUUCGCAGUGCUCAUAUUGAGUAAUGGCGACUGUAAUGUUGACAUAUCUGAGUAACUUUUAUGCCAGGUGAAGCACCUUGUGCUUUGUCGUAUAUCCACGACUCUAGCUCUUUGGCCUGCCGAAAUUCUUACUGUGUACACCAUCGUGUUAGUAACUCGUAGCUACCCUUGACUGUUUUCGGACGUGAAUCUUGUUGAAAGUUAUGUUAUCCUUUGGAAUUAUGCACGCGCCAUGAGAUACUACAAUAUUCGUUUAGAGCAAAUUCUUCAAACACGUUCAAAAAACUGCGAAAAGCUGGGGAAAGGUUUGUUUAACUACGAUUUUUCAUCAGAAAGCCCGAAAAAAACCCUUUUACAAGCUUGAAAAUUGCCUUUUUUUUCCCCACCUCUUUUUCAGACAAUCAUGGACAAAAGUCUUGGGACACUUUUGCAUUUCUGGGGCGUUUUCCGAUUCACACAAGUCCAACCCCUCCCCUCACGCCACAAACAAUGUUGGACGCGUGUCUCCAGAAUUUUUUUUCUCAACUUUGUAUAGGGUGGGUGGUGGGAGAACUGGGAGAAAUUUUCGAAAAGGAUGCACCGUUUUAAGAGGGAAUCGAGAAAUGACAGACAAAUAUGAAUAUUGCAGUACUGUCCCAAGGACUUUUCUCGGUCCAGGAUAAUUCUUCAUAUGACACUCAGCCUUAUUCAUUAAUUGUUAAGUAUAUCUGGUUGGUAUGAUUUUUGCUUAGUGAUAAGGAAGUCAAGGAGCACUUGUCGCUCUAUUUAACGAAGGCUCGAGGACUGAAACCAGAGAUUGGCCAUUUGUUGCAAGUCUGUCAGCUGUUUGUACACUGCUGGGAGGUAAAGUUUGAAUUCAUUACAGUCGUUUUGAGAUGGAGAUCUUUUAACAGAAAUGAGGUACUCACAGCAUGCUUAUGAUUACCCUCAGUCAUCAUCUUAAGUUACCUAGAACUCGAGGUAGAUAUAUAAAGGUGGUACCCACGCGCUGCAAAAAGGAGAACGCGUUCAUAGUUUGAAAGAAGCCUGUCAAUGGCAGAAAAUGCAUCUGUGUUCCUAAGGGCUCAAGAGUUUUAGAAGAGAGGAAGGUUUAAGUUUACGAAGAAAAACUUCUGAAUGCAUGGAGUAAAACCAAUAGCAAUUCCUUUAUUGGAAACCAUCCUGUCAAAUCUCACAUAAUUACGCUGAAUUUUAGGAUUCUCUGAUCAGUCAGUAUUCUAAAAUCUCGGAUAUUCUGCUGGUGAUGAUAAAACUUGCACAGCAACUUUCUGAUGAAUGUACGCCAAUGCUGAUUUCAAGCUCACCUCGUCCCACUCGAGAACUUGAUGUUGAUGUGCUGGAAGGCGUUGCAAAAGCGCGUUACACCUUAGCACUGACUGCCGAAUUUAUGUACAAGAGCACAGUAGAAAACACAGAGCAUUGGAAUGAUCGCCAGAUAAAGAUGAAAUUGGAGACUCUCUUUGAAACUGUAAGGAGACUGUGUUACGAGAGUUUAAGCCCAGCUCCCCGACUUUUCCUCCUCAAACAAUUGGCAAGGAGAUUUGGUGUGGAGGCAAUUCAUGUGCUGUGUGGUAGGAAGGAGCUUGAGUGGAUUGUGCCACCUGAGAGCAGAAACAAGCAGGUACAAAACAUAUCUAAAAAUAAAUCAUUUUAUUGUUCAAUUAAAAUACCUUAGGUAUCUCUCGGUUUCUGUUUGACUUAAAUUCCACGCUUUAGGGUUGGUGAGGUAGUUUUCGCCCAUUACACAGCUUGGUCAGUAACCCUAGGAACCUUGCAGCAUACUUGUGAUUUGAAACAUCUGAAUAGUAGACUUCUGAACUAAAAACGAGGGAAAUCUACCAUAUUGUAACCAUGUGACAAUGCAAUAUUUUUCGCAGAAACUGGGUAAACAAAGCCGUCGCCAAUUGCCUUUUGCAAUUGUAUGAAAAUGUCUGUAUUAUAAGAAUUGUUGAAACGUGAUCGACAUAGCACACGAUUAGCUUAAAUUGGUUAGCGCCGGUCCAACACUCAGGAUCUUAAUAUGACUGACAGGAUUGGAAUGUGCUGUCUUUGUUGUGACAUCUGCAAAUGGCUUCUGGGAUAACGACAACCUUGCCCGGGCAUAUAAAAAUUGUAUGGGGACUUUCGAGAACACAUACACUGCUCGAGAACCCAUACACUGUCUCGAAAAGCCCUGACGGGGGUGAAUAACUUGCGUUUUACAUUUAGUGCCAAGGUGUCCUCCUGAGUACGAUGCUAAACUUGUUCAUUAAGUAUUACUUAGUGAAUUGUUGUUUGUUUGUUUGUUAAUUUCUUUGUUGGUAAUACCUAUUUUUCAAGAUAUUGUGAUUUCAAUUUUCAUAUGUCAGCUGUGUAAAGUUUUUUGUUAGCCCUUAUCUGGAAAGGAUGAAAUUUGCCAGUCCGCGUGAGUUUACUUCAUAAGAUCUUUUCUGUUUCUGUUUAUUUGUUUGCUGGUUUGAUUGAUUGCUUUCCAGGAAGAAGACAAUGUUCCUGAUGGUUUCGUGAUUUAUGGAGAAGAAUACAAGAAGAUCAGAGAAGCCAUGGCCAAAACAGUGCUUGGUGGAACAAACAGAGAGCUGACUGACGCACUGAAGGUAUAAACAAAUCCGGCUGAAAUACUUUAGUUUAACAUUAUCAGCUAUUUUUCCUUUUGUACUCUUUAUAUUUUGCUGUUGAGUGUGCUUCAGUUGAAAGUUCUGAAUCCAAAACCAAAGUAUUAAACUUUGCUAACCGCAAUAGGUGACGACAUCACACAAACUUUAGGGCAAACAAAUUCGGGAUCGUGUUCGUAACCAACAUAACCAGUUAUUAGUCAAUGGUCGUCUUUGGAUACACAUAGACCAAUCAUUAACUCCUGUCCACCCAAAAACGUUCCCUGAAAUCUUUGCGCCGAGAGCUUUUUUCCGAUCUCCCGUAGUUUAUGAGUGGCGAAUGAGGACACCCCUGUGCAAAAAACAGUUUCACACUUUGUGAGACUCACACCAUGUUUCUUGUGACAUAAUUUCAGUCCGUUACCCUAACAAACGUUGUAAGAGAGGUUAUGCUGCUAUUGUCUUUAUUCCGUGAAGUUACCACAAUAUGUUAUGGCUUCACUGGCAAAGAACGUCGUCUCUCCACUAAGGUACGUGUUCCAGAAAAGAAAAACAAAUAUAACGCGAUAAUCGUAUCGUAUGUUACGAUGUUAUGCCCCAGUCAGAUUUACAAAAUUUAGUUUAAAUUUGAAUUAUUAAAAUAUGGCUGGGUCUUGAUAUCGACAAAUACGAUAUCAUUAUCAUUUCACGUUACGUAAGUUUCUCUCUUCUCCCAAAUACUUUUUUUUUUUUACUCGUUUGCAUGCAAUGAAAGUUUACAAAACCCGAACAGUUAGACAUCGAAGGUUUGCUAAUCAAGAUUCUCCCUUGUUUUUAGACUUUUGUUCACUUGUUGCAAAGUAAUCAACGCUUUCGAGCGAUAAAAUUCGUGGACCAACCAGUUCCGGAAAAGUUCUAAAUCGCAUUUUAAUGCGAUCUUUCCUAAGCUUUCUUCGCAAAACAUGCGUGGCUUCGGUCACGCAACGAUUAUUAUUCCCAGGCAGUUUCCAAGGUCUCCGCUAUGAACGCCUCGGACCAUGUCUUCCCUUUUGUGUGUUUGAUACAAAGAAAAAAGACGGCUUGCAGAUAAGGAGUCUCGCUGUUACGCAAGCGAGACUAAUAAAGCAUUUUACUUCACGUCUUUUUCGUCAACGCAACGAUUAUUAUUCCCAGGCGGUUUCCAAGAUCUCCGCUAGGAACGCCUGGGACCAUGUCUCCCCUUUUGUGUGUUUGAUACAAAAAAAAAAGACGGCUUGCAGAUAAGGAGUCUCGCUGCUAGGCAAGCGAGACUAAUAAAGCAUUUUAUUUCACGUCUUUUUCGUCAAACCAAGUAAAACGAGUAUUUGUAUCCUCGUACACGUUUGUUCCUUUUUUGUUCAAACAGGCCCACCAGUGUCUUCAGGAAUUCAUACAAGAGGGCACAUAUUUGUCUGGAAAUGUAAGUCAUGGAAUGAGCUCUUGCGGUCUGUAAGCUUAAACGAAAAUCUAAAACUGGAGAAAUCGAACUUUAUAAGAUGAGAGUUAUGCCCAAAUAUUACUUCUCAGGAAGAGGCUUUCGGUCUCAACGAUACCUUAGGCGAGCUUAUGAAAAGACCCCCCUUUCUUGUUUAAUCACUUCAAAGACCCGUUUAAUAUCCCAAGAUUUGUUUCUACAAACAGUGGCUUUCUUUAAAUUUUUCUAUCCUACUAGCUGAAAUUAUCUGAUCUAGUUAUUUUUUCCCUUUGUUCUCAACUUUCGUUUGUGGUUAGGCUGUGAGAGUUGCCUUGUUGUUGUUGUUUGCUUCUUUAUCCUCACUUUCUGAUGUAUUGCUUUCUACAGAUCCAACCAUUUGCCGCUCAACUUCUCAACAAUACACAAGGUGCUCCAGACAUUCCCAGUGUUCGAGUCAGGCCAGGUCGCUCAGGCUUAGGGCAGAAUUUGUCAGAGCUUGUAAUUCAUACUACGACUGUGCUUCAGACCAUUAAUCACGUGACCA